AUGUCUGUCGCCCGGAAUGACCCAAGCUCAUGCGUACUUGCAGCAGCUGACGACUUCACGGAGCAUUUGAUUCUCAUUAGAACUAUUGGUUGCGCACAGCCACGGAUGCACAUGCACUUCUACACACGGCACGGAGCGGGGAACCUGCAGCCCCAAGUGGUUGAGACUUCACCGGUCGCCCCGGAUUCAGCUCCUUUGUGGUUUCACAGGCGCUUAACAAAAAAGAACGGAGCAGGUUCUCAAAGUAACAAAGUAACCAUGAAUGAUACAACACAACGUCUUCAAAACCGGACAAAGCAUUUCCACUUUCCUGGGCCUGAUGUGAUCAAUUGGGCGCCUCAUAUUCGGCAGCAUCUGCAGUGCACGAUGUUGCAUCAACGAAAGGCUGCAUGGCUGCAAUUUGCGUUUGCUAUGCGCCUUACCGCCCUACGCAGCUGUGCAUACUUGAACCGUGUAAGUCCUCUCUACAGUUUGACUCGUCUCAGCAUCUCUGCGUCUUCUGUCAACAUGGCCGAAACGACUUCCUCUGCUUGUAUAGCCGUUAUUGAGCCGAAUCCCUAA